GCGACGUAUUUUGCUCUUGAGUUGUGCUGCUCGGAUGGACGCUCUCCUCAUACUGUAACUUACGACAACGUUGGCAGCAAGAAAUCUCCGUUGAUUUAACCUGGUCGAGAGUUAACCAUGGACAACGUCGCAGUUUCUAGACGAAACCACACUUUUAAGAAGGGAAACAAGGAAAAUGCUCAGCCUGCAUAUGGAAGCAAGUCCUUCAUCAGAAGAGACAAAAUGUCCGCUGCUCCCUUCCAACUGACAAACGAUAAAAAUGAGGACCCGCGGUCAACAUCUGGUGAGGCUCUAAAAAAGGCAAAGACUGUGCAGAAAGAGGGGAAAGGAGCUGCGUUUGAUGUCAAACCACGUCAAACACACAGCCGGUGCUUCCUCACUGAACAGAUUGUCAAACACAAAAAAAUAGUUGCAGAAGCUCCAAAGCCACCGGCCCCUGGUCCGUCAUCAAAAUCCACUCUCGGCAUGUACAAAGGCAAGAUUGUCCAGUCAAAAAUUGGAUCCAUUUGGAAGUCAACCGUCACCGUGGGCGGGGCAGACCCCAAACCAUCAGCACCCAAAACAGGGGGUCAAAUGGUCGGAAAUGAGAUGAAAAGAAGGUCCAAAUCGGUUGCUGACCUGCCUGGACACGGCGUGUGGAAACCUGUGCAGACAAGGUCCAAGUCGGUGAUGGAUAGACCGGCUCAGGUGACCAAGCCUGCUGUCGCCAGCCGUCCUGCUGGAUUCCACUCUGCUCGUCUUCCUGUCAGGACCGUCCCGACGACACUAGCCAGUACCAGCUCCAGAAACACCAAAGUGGCUCCCACCAAGGGAAGUGGGGCUCACAACACAAAGCCAAAGAUUCCAGUGACAAACAAGCAGGUCAACAAACCUCUCGUCUCAAGUGCCCUCAGUCAGUACAGAUAUACCAUGGAGACUGCUGAGGAGAGAAGGGUGAAGCUGGCCGAGUGGCAAGCCUCCAAGGGAAAGGCCUUCAAGAGACCAGCCAUGACGACCGUAGAACCCUCUAAGACCAGAGUCUCUGCGAAACCUGAAGCGGAUCUCAAUCCACAGCCUCAGCCGGCUAUGCAGUGCAACCCCGAACCCAGACUGGAAGCCCGCAAGCCAGACUCUGAGGGAGCAGUGUUAAAAACGCACAGCCGAACCCCGGUGAUCAUGAACACCACUCUGGACCUGCUCGACAACUCUGACGUUGACCCGCAGGACAGCGUGGAUGAUAUUGUUGUAAACCUGUGUGAGGCUUUGGAAGCCAUGGAGACGCCCUCUAGAUCUGAUGCGCUUUCACAGGGGACGGAUGUGCACGAAGGAGACCAGAAGGAGGCAAUGCCUCAGGAUGUUGAGCAAGUGAAGGAUGGAGUAGAAGAAAGUGAGGAAGAUGAGGAAGGAGAAAGUGACGAAGAGUGUGUGAUGGAGACUACGCCACCGAUGGAGAAUGCUUCAGUAAUAAAGUACAGUGUGAAGACUACUCCAUACCUGCAAAGUGUCAAGAAGACAAUUGAAGAGGAGGCCAGCGUGAGCCGGUCCAGGAGAAAGAACAACAUCAAAGAUCUGAAGUUUCUCACGCCGGUUCGCCGUUCCUGCCGCAUCGAGCGAAAAGCCUCCCGCCUGCCGCCGAUGCUGGUUGAUCCGGAUCCUUGCGUGUCGUCGCUGGCCGAGCUGCUGAAGCUGGAUGACGAUUCAAACGCCUACAUCUACAGAAAAAACCACGCCUUCCCUAAAGAUGUGCAAGGGGCUCUGUAAAUGUGUGAUGUGCAAUUUUAAAAAACAAACUUAAAUGUAUGGGACUGGAGCUAAUGGACACUUUAUACUGAUGUUUUAUGUUCUUUUAAUAAUUGUUAUUGUAAUGGGAGGGAAAUGUUCCUGUCUAAUUGUUGUUUUUCAUAUGAAUUUAUUAGACUAUCCCUAACACUAUUGUUCAUUUUAAUAUAAGUUGAUGUGUAUUGCCAAGUGCACUACAAUAAAAGAAUAUUGCCUUUCCUUAAA